AUGGAAUCUUCUACACAGCCCUUCCGUGUGCCAAAAUUCUCAGAGAACCUUGAUCUCCCACAAGAAGUCAUCGAUCAUCCUCUCUCAAGAUCUUUAGAGGACGUUCUUCAGGAACAUGAUGCACAUGUUGCAUCUUCCACAAACAGCAUAACCACUUUAUGUUCUCUACUAAAGACUUAUAAAUCUAAACGCAAGACAAAUACAUCUUCUACAAACCAGGGCGGUGUCUUUGACCUCAAGACAGCAGCCGUCGAACGUCAGGCUAAAAAGGGUCGACUGCUUAUCUAUCGUCAACGACUUGCAAGGCGAUAUGCCAGAUUGCAAACCGCGCUUUGCUCUAAGCUCAGGGGGAAAGUACCCAAAGCCUCUGAUCUCAAGGUCCCUGAACUCAAGACCUCUGAGAAGUAA